AUGAAUAUCUUUUCAAGAUUGUUCCCAUUGCUGACCGCCCGGGGGUUUAUCCGGACCGAAAGCCCUGGAGCGCGAGGAUCCCAUCAUCACCACGCGUUUGACUCGAGACUCGACCCGUAUGACCUGUGUCUUUAUCUCGGGGCGAUGAGCUUCCCACCACCUGGGUCUGGCCAGUACCCGCAUUAUAUACCGCCGCCACAGUACCAGCAUGGGCAAAUGCCCCCGCAGAUGCUGUUCAAUAAUGCAGGUCCUCCGCCAUCUCCAUACGAUGGAUAUGGCAAGCCGAACAUGUAUCCCUCGGCCAUGAUGCCAUACCCGCAGUAUCCGUCAGUGUAUGCGCAACAGCAACAGCAUCAACCGCAACCGCAAAUGCAACAGGCACAUCCACCGCAAACUCCCCCACAGCAGCGACCCCAGUUAUCGCAGCAGGCCAUUCAACCACGGCCGCAGCCCGUACCACAAAUUCUUCCCCAAAUACAAUCACCUCCUCAACCUCGAGCUCCCCCGCCCCCACCAGCACCGCCGCCGCCUCCCAUACAACAGGAAGAGAUGCAACACCAAUUCGUCAAUCCAGCUCAACUGUUUGUACAACAACCUUUACCCACGGCACCACGAACUCGAUAUACUCAAAUUGCUCCCCAGUAUAGCGAACCCCAACCACCUCCACCUGCGAGUCCUCCUCUCAUACAACCGGCUCAUUUGUUAGCCCCGCAACCACCCACGCCUGUCCAAGUUGUCCUACCUUCCAUUAGUCCCAAAACCGACAUUCAGGCUCCCCGAGGACAGGUUCAGGUGCAAACACCACAGCCCAAAUAUCAGGACCAGUCCCAACCUCGAGCUCAAGAGAAGCCCAAGCCCAAGCCCAAGCCUAAGCAAAUUGUCAAAGCCGAAGCCAACCCACCUCAAAUAUCUCCCAAAGUACAGCUCCAGCAAAUUCAGGCAACUCCUACUUCAACGCCGAAACAGACACCGCCAGCUCCAUCACCGGUAACAUUUGCUGUGCCGCAAGUGAUGAUACCAGCUCCUUCGCCAGACAUCAAAGCUAGCAUGCAAAGUCAAACCCCAAACAAGCAGCCUAAGCCAUCUCAUGCGGAGAAGAAAAGACCAAGCCAACAGUCCGCCGAGAAGGUUGUGAAACCAUCGGCUGCCAAACCCGCCAAACCGCCGGUCGAUUAUCAGGUCCUGCUACUGUCGUUGGCUGAUGAGUACCUCAAUGCCGCCCAUGCUCGCGGGACAAAUAUCUCCAUGGCUACCAGUGAGACCGAAGUUGAUGGGUAUUACAAACUAGUUGCUACUGGACUUGGCUGUCUGGAGGCUGUAUUGAAGAAUUGGCGAUUGCAACCCCGAAAAGAAGCCCUUGUUCGCCUUCGAUAUGCGCGUACAUUGUUUGAAGAAACAGACAACGACAUUGAGGCAGAGACGGCAUUGAGUAAAGGAAUUGAUCUUUGCGAACGGAACCGCAUGCUUGAUCUCAAGUACAGUAUGCAGCACCUCCUGGCUCGAAUGCUGCACAAAACCAACACCAAAGCUUCCUUGAAAGCUGUUGAUGGCAUGAUCCAGGACGUCGAAGCAUACCGACAUUCAGCCUGGGAAUAUGCGUUCCGUUUCCUUCGGGUCACUCUCUCGCUCUCGUGUACCUCGCAUCAAGAUUCCGUCCAAGCGUUACAUCAUCUCCACAAGAUUACGGCCAUGGCUAGUCGCAAUGGCGACCGGGCAGUGUCAGUAAUGGCGGCUGUGAUUGAAGCUCUGGCGCACCUGCAGCAAGGCACAAGUUCUGAUUCCAUUGAGCAGGCGCAGCGUGCCGUAGCCGCCGCCCGAAGCCAUCAGCUCAAUGAUGAGCUUCGCCACAUACCCCAACUGACAACUUUGAUCCAGAUGGUCGAUAUAUGCUGCAGUGUUCUUGAGUACGAUGUCAAUCAAUCAGGUCAGAAACUAAAAGUCAUGCAAGCAUUGAUGGACGAGACCCUGAGCGACGGCAACUGGCGGCCGGAUGGGUCUUUUUCUGUGCCGCUUGCCGGAAAGUCUGCAGGGCCGUCUUCCAUCGACACCGGCGAUAUACUGCAGGUGCAGAACGGAACAUUGCUUCUCAGCUUCAACUGGCUUCCCCAGCACGACCUUUACACCCUUUGCUAUUUCCUAAGUUCCAUCACACUCAGUGCGAAGAACUCAUAUGAUGGCCGGAAAGCAGAAAAGUACCUCGAAGAAGGACUUAAAAUGGUCCAAAGCAGUUUCAGGGCUCCUCAGAUAAUCCCUGAAUCGAUGGCUACUGCCAACCGCAGGGUUCAGUGGCGGCAAUCCCUAUACUGCAACCUGCUACUCCAAAGAGUCUUCCUCGCGUGCUCCCGGACCGACUGGGAUCUCGCCAGACAGACUCUCAAAGAUCUGAGACAAGUUUUCCAAGAGCUGGGCUCUACUCUUCCCUACACUAUCGAGUGUUUGAUUGAAUAUGCUGCCGGCACCAUCGCCCAGGCGACAGGCGACCUUGCCACCGCACUGAACAUAUUCCAAUCACCGCUUCUAUCCCUCGACCCCGCGACCAGCAAGGCGUCUCGCAACGACACUUGCCGCGAUACACGCAUCCUUGCUGGCCUGAACACAGUCCUCAUCAUACGGGACCCAAAUCACCCAUCGCAUUACCUCCUCAACUCGGUCAUUGCAAAGCUCGAGCCGUUCUGCCAAGGCACCCCAAAUAAGUACAUACAAGCGGCUUACUUCUUGGUCUGUGCCACUGUACACUCCGAGUCAACCAUCCAAACGAAGCAAUUCCUUCAGCAAGCCCUCCAAUCUGCCACUGCGAUCAGCAACAGCCAGAUCACUUGCAUGACGCUCACCUUUAUGAGCUGGAAGUACUUCCGCGGCGUGGUCGGCGAGCAAGCAGAAAAAAGCGCGCGCGCAGGCAGAGCAAUGGCCAAGCGUGCCAACGAUCGUCUUUGGGCGAGUGUCACUGAUGAUAUGCUCGCUGAAACCCUCGAGCGACAGGGUAAGGGCGAAGAGGCCCGUGGUGUUCGUGAAGAAGGCCAGCGUUUGGUUGCGAAUCUCCCACCUGGUCUCAGGCGUUCGACAUAA